ACGUCACGUUGCACUACACAAAAAUGGUUCCUACUUUAGUUUUCUAUACAAGCAAUCAAAGUGUGCACAACUUUUAGCGUUAAAAAUGCUCCAGAUAAAUCGCUGAGGGAAUAAAACCGGACGAAAGGCUCGGACAUGGAGGCGUGUGCGGAAUCCGGACGCAAACUGCGCUCUAUCUGCAGAAGGAUGUACGAUGAGAACGAGGAUUUGUCAGAUGUUGAGGAAAUAACAAACAUCAGGGGCUUCAGCGUAGAAGACAAACUUGAGAGUCAUUUAUACAACAGUGAACUUGUGCAGCAUAUGGAGGGAAAAGAUUUUACCUAUGAAUAUGUUCAAAGAGAAGCACUCCGAACCCCUCUUAUAUUUAAGGCCAAAGAUGGACUAGGAAUUAGAAUGCCAGAUCCAGAAUUUACUGUAAGUGAAAUCAAGGGAUUGGUUGGCAGUAGGCGGGCCGUUGACGUGAUGGAUGUUUGCACACAGAAAGGUUCAGAGAUGAGCAUGGCUCAAUUCGUCCGCUACUACGAGACGCCCGAGGAGGAACGUGACAAGCUGUUCAAUGUCAUCAGCUUGGAGUUCAGUCACACCAAACUGGAGAACUUGAUCAAAAGACCCACUGUGGUGGAUCUGGUGGACUGGGUGGACAAUAUGUGGCCAUGUCAUCUUAAACAUAAGCAGACUGAAGCCACAAACGUCAUGUCUGAGAUGAAGUAUCCCAAAGUUCAGAGAUACUGUCUGAUGAGUGUAAAAGGCUGUUUCACUGACUUCCACAUCGACUUUGGUGGCACAUCAGUAUGGUAUCAUGUCUUCAAAGGAAGGAAGGUUUUCUGGCUGAUUCCACCGAGCCCACACAAUCUGUCUCUGUAUGAGGACUGGGUGCUGUCAGGUAAACAGAGUGAUUUCUUCCUGGGUGAUCGUGCAGAUGGAUGCCAGAGAGUAGAGCUGAAACAGGGUUACACGUUCUUCAUCCCUUCAGGCUGGAUCCAUGCCGUCUACACUCCAGAGGACACCUUGGUGUUUGGCGGGAAUAUUCUGCACAGUUUUAACAUUCCCAUGCAGCUGACUGUCUAUGAGAUUGAGAACAGGACAAAGGUUCUCUCCAAAUUCCGCUACCCUUUCUUCUAUGAGAUGUGCUGGUAUGUGCUGGAGAGGUACGUGACCUGCUUGACCAGACGUUCGCACCUCAGCCUGCAGUUCUGCCGGGAGUCUGUUCACACUGCUGAACCCAAGUUCAUAACUGAGAGUUCUGUCCCUGAGCCCCGGCUGGACAUGGAGGAGGACUCAUGUGAGUCUCGGUUAGAGAGGACAGAGGCGACGACCCAGCCCUCCUCAAAUGUCCCACCUAAUCAGGCCCUCAAGCCCCAGGCCAAUGAUUCUGAAGACAGCUUAAAGUCCCUCCCUUCUGAGUGUCCCAAGACUCCAUCUGGCAUACCUGGGAUGGAGCACUCCGGAAAAUGGACCCACUUGACAGAGUUCGAGCUGAGUGGACUUAAGGCCCUGGUAGAGAAGCUGGAGUCCUUGCCAGAGACGAAGAGAUGUGUUCCAGAGGGCAUCGAUGACCCACAAGCCUUGCUAAAUGACAUGAAGGUUGUCUUGAAAGAACAUUCAGAUGACAAUCCCAAAUUGGCCAUCACCGGUUCACCUAUUGUAUGCUGGCCAAAGAAGACAGGCAAGCCACGGCCGAUUAAUCGGCCAAAACCCAAGAUGGGCUCUUCUCCAUCUGCCGGUGCAGGCCAGACAGCGGGAGGUGUGAAGCUCUCCUCCAGUCGUGGUUCAUCUAGUGCCCGGCGCAGACGGACGCGCUGCAGGAAGUGCGAGGCAUGUACACGCAAAGAGUGCGGGGAGUGCCACUUCUGCAAGGACAUGAAGAAGUUUGGAGGACCAGGCCGCAUGAAGCAGUCCUGUAUCAUGAGACAGUGUAUAGCGCCUGUUCUACCUCACACUGCUGUGUGUCUGGUCUGUGGAGAGGCUGGUAAAGAAGACACGGCAGAGAACGACGAGGACAAGUUCAACGUGAUGCUCAUGGAGUGCUCUGUCUGCAACGAGAUUGUCCAUCCAGCCUGCCUGAAGGAGAAGGAUGCUGGUGGUGUUGUGAAUGACGAGUUGCCAAAUUGCUGGGAGUGUCCAAAAUGCAAUCAUGCUGGAAAGACAGGGAAAGCCACAAAGCAAAAAAGAGGCCCAGGGUUUAAGUACGCAUCCAAUCUCCCAGGCUCUCUGCUCAAAGAGCAGCGAUUCAACCGGGAUGUAAAAGAGGAGCCAGACUCAAACAUGUCUACCGAGUCCAACACCUCUACUGUGUCACCUGUCACAAAGAAGAAGACUGAACAAGAGGAUAAUCCUACCUGUAAAUUACAGGACGCGUUAAAGAAACGCUCCCCAGGUGUCACUCCGGAAAGUCUACUGAAGCCCAAAUUCGAGGACAACCCACUCCGCAAGAAGAGGAAACUCUUUGACAAGGACUCAGACUCUGAUUCCAAUAUCAGGAAAAAGAGGAAGAGCUCAAAGCCUGAUGAUCUGGUAACCUCUAAGGUCCUGCGACAGAUCAAGACAGAAAGAGAAGAUGCUGAGGAGUAUGAUGAGGAUAACAGACAAGAACUGGAGAGGAGACCCUUCAGUUUCAUGCCCUCAGAGGAGGAGGAUGGAGAUGAUGAAAGGGAGGAGGAAGAUGAGGAGACAACAAAGGAAAAGAGUAGCAGAGAGAAGAAUGGGAAACUUACACCCAGCCAUUUGCACAGGACCUCAGCUGUACGGGAGAGUGACAAAUCACAGGGCAGUUCUCCACUGGCAGGACCCAGCAGUGACUCGGGUGGUGAUGCACAGGUGAAGAGCCAACGAAAACCUAGACGUAAACCUCGUCUGCCUAACAAAGAACUGAGCAAAGAAUUGAGUAAACAGCUCAACCAGGAGAUCCAGAAGACAGAGGAUCGAUUGGCACAUCAGAAUGGCCGAACGGUGAAGAUUGAAGCUGGUAGUGAUGAAGAGGAGAGAAAACCACUGAAUAAUGGCAGUAGCCAUCUGAGAGACUGGCUGGGGCCUAAGCGGGAACUAAACGGAUCCCUGCAAGAGCAGUCCCCAGUGAACUGGAUCAGGACCCCACCCGCACCUGUCAUCCGGCCAACACCAUGUCGCUCUCCACCGAAAUGUGUUCAGAUGGAGCGCCAUGUUAUUCGCCCCCCUCCGAUCAGCCCACCGCCUGAUCGCCUGCCCCUGGAUGACGGGAAUAACCACAUAAUACAGAGAGAGGUGUGGAUGGCAGUGUUCAGCUAUCUCACGCACCAAGACCUGUGUGUCUGCAUGCGGGUCUGCAAGACCUGGAACAGAUGGUGUUGUGAUAAAAGACUGUGGGCCAAGAUUGAUCUAAACCGCUGCAAGUCCAUCACUCCUCUCAUGCUGAGCGGCAUUAUCCGCAGACAGCCAGUCUCUCUGGACCUGAGCUGGACCAACAUCUCCAAGAAGCAGCUAAGCUGGCUAAUCAACAGAUUACCUGGUCUAAGGGUUCUGUUGCUGGCAGAGUGCUCGUGGGCAGCUGUAUCAGCUUUAUGCACAUCCAGCUGUCCUUUGCUACGGACUCUAGAUGUCCAGUGGGUAGAGGGACUGAAGGACAACCAGAUAAAAGACUUACUGUCCCCCCCGACAGACAACAGGCCAGGACAGUUGGACAGUAGGAGUAAACUAAGGAACGUGGAUGACCUCUGUCUAGCUGGUCUGGACAUCACAGACACGUCCCUAAAGCUGAUAAUUAAACACAUGCCCUUACUGUCCCGAUUGGACCUUAGUUACUGUAACCACAUCAAUGACCAGAGUGUCAACAUCCUCACGGCAGCUGGCACCACGACCAGAGAUUCUCUCACACACAUCAAUCUGUCAGUUUGUAACAGAGUUACAGACCUGUCGCUGACCUACUUUAAGCGCUGCGGAAACAUUUGUCACAUCGACCUGCGAUACUGCAAUCAGGUGACCAAAGAGGGAUGUGAACGGUUCAUUGCAGAAAUGUCUGUCAGUGUGCAGUUUGGACUGAUCGAGGAAAAACUACUGAGCAAACUGAGCUAGUCAACAAAGACACUGACAAUAACUUGACCGAAAACCCAGGGAACAAACCAUUUCGCCCUCCAUUUUCUACACCCUUCUUCAACACAGGAUGUGUGAAGGCUAACACACUCGACAGAAAACCAGCAAGUGAAAAAUGACUAAUUGCUAAAAAACUCUCCAAACCUGAAUCCACCGACACCUGAGCUGACAGAUAAAGAAAUGUAUUAAUUUCUGGUGGCCAGUUGAGCCUUUCACUUUUUUUUUUAUUUGUUAAUGUUGUGCUGCUACAGCAAACAUGACAUUUUUACGUUUACAAGGCACAGCUAGAGGAGCUUUCCGUCAUUAUAGUGACAUUGAAAGGCUGUUUACUCGUAACAUUUUGCAUAAUUUUUUAUACAUAUAAAAAAAAUUAAGUGUCACAUAGUGCAGUGUUGCAGUGACGAAACUGACUGUUAUAUUCUUUCUCGGAAAAGAAAAUUCAAGAUGCAUGUGCUUUUUUUGUUACCAUGCAAAUGUUAAGCGUCAUGCAGUAUUCAUUUUUGUAUCAGAAGGGAUUUCACACUUUAUGUGCAGUAUUAAUGCACUCAUAUAGAUUUUAUUGACAGUAUUCAGUCAGUACAAAGUCUUUUUUUUCUACACUGUAGGAAGUAAAGCAGAUUCCUAUCUAUACUAGUUGGUAACUGUGCAGAUGUUUUUGUAAUGUUAAUUUAAGAUGUGAUGUCCUCUAAGUUUAAAGUAAGAUGUCCUACAGGUACAUUAUCUUUUCCACAUGACUAUAUAACUUACCUUGGCUUCUUUAAUGUGUAUAUAUAUGGGAAAACGUAUUUGCACUGUUUGACCUUAAAUACAGCUAUUUUUUCCAGUAGUGAUUAU